AUGAACAAAAAUUGGAAUGAUAGGGCCGACAAGGACCUUUUCUUCACUAUCCUCUCCGUCAAGAACAUUGGCGUCAUCAGCGGCUCGGAAUGGACCACCAUCGGCAACCACAUGCGCACCCUGGGUUAUGGCUUUACCAACGAGGGUUGUAGGCAACACUUCCAAGGUCUUCGUCGCGCUCAGCACAAGGCCGAGACCAGUGGGAGCCCGGACAGCUCUCGGAAGGUUGAUCCUACUUUGAACCCGAUUACUCGACGUCCUGGUCCAGGUCGUGGAAGGCCCAAAAAGCAGCCUCAGCAACCUGCGCCGAUGUCGAUUCCUGCUCUUCCUGGUCAAACUAGUCAACUGGGCCAACCCGGUCAACCCGGUCAGUUUGGGCCUGCCCAAGAAUUUCACGACAGUCAAAUCUCUCUUCCAGAACAGGCCGAUGAUCAGGCCGAUGAUCAGCCCGAACACCAGCCAGAACACCAGCCCGAACAACAAGCCGAUCAUAAACAGGACAGCCAACAAGACCAUCAGCCCGAGCAUCAGCCCGAACAUCAGCUCGACCAUCAGCUUGAUCACCAGCCUGGCCACCAGCACGAUCAUGAGCAGUCAAUACAAGAAGACCAGUCCCAUGAACAGCCGCCCGCAAUGCCCGAUGGCCUUGAUGCGUUGCCAGAAUCCUUGGAUCUCCCUCUUAAGGAGGACUCACUCGACUUGUCCCUCAAGGAAGACAACGAUGACGAGCAGGAUGGCCACGAUGCUAAGAGAAUAAAGCUCGACAACCCCCCUCAGGACCCGUCUCUUGUUGAUGACGAAGCUGUAUUAGCUCUGGCCGCCCACAGCGAUGCCCCUUCCGUUGACGGCUACGCUUCCGAGUAUCCAACAGCUGGUCUUACUGGGUCAGACUCGCACAGCUUUAGCUAUGGUGGCGAGGUGUAG